UGGGCAAAUGGGCAAAUUGAGGUUAAACCACUGACGCAAGAUCAAACAGCGAAGAAGCGGCAGAGGAAGGAGUUUAACCCAGAACCUCAGGCCCCAGAAGUCAGUGAUCUAAACCACGACAUAUACAACAUGACGUACAUGCUAGAGGCGCACAGCAAUAAACUGAGGUCCUCGAACAGUUCCUGGGAGUAUCAGGAGUGCCCAGUUCCUCCUUGCUUUUUCACUUGUUUCCGUUGCCCAUCUGUCCUGGGCCACUCCUUUUAGCCUUACCCUGCCCAACCCUCCUGGCCUCACCCUCCCUCUGACAACAAAGGGUCAGCCAGGUUUUUAUGGGCUCCGAUAAGGCCCUUGAAGGGCCAAAGUUCGCCAGCACUUCCUCUUUGCAGGAGGGCCUAGAGGAGGCGGUCCUGAGCUGAGUACCCCAGGCCUGGCCCAGAAGAUCUGGGUUCCGGCUGGUUACCAGUGAGGCUGGUAUAAGGGCCACCCACCAGCCUCUCUCUGCCGCCAUUCCCUGCUCCUGCAGCUCUUCUCACUGUAGCAGCCACCAGCCCAGCCUCUCAAGAUGGCCUUCGUUCCUGCACCAGGCUACCAGCCCACCUACAACCCGACGCUGCCCUACCACAGGCCCAUCCCAGGCAGUCUCAGAGUUGGAAUGUCCAUUUACAUCCAAGGAGUGGCUAGCGAGCAUAUGAAGAGGUUCUUCGUGAACUUCGAGGUGGGGCAGGGCCCAGAGGCAGACGUCGCCUUCCACUUCAAUCCCCGCUUUGACGGCUGGGAUAAGGUGGUCUUAAACACGAGGCAGAAUGGCAACUGGGGCAAGGAGGAGAAGAAAAGGAGCAUGCCAUUCAGCAAGGGUGCCGCCUUCGAGCUGGUGUUCAUGGUCUUGGCCGAGCACUACAAGGUGGUGGUAAAUGGGGAUCCCUUCUAUGAGUUUGGGCACCGGAUCCCGCUACAGAUGGUCACCCACCUGCAUGUGGAUGGCGACCUGCAGCUUCAAUCAAUCAACUUCAUCGGAGGCGAGCCCACCCCAAACCAGAUACCCAUGCCUAAUCCGGCGUACCCAGGUCCCGGGCAGUGCUACCAAGAGCCAAGUAACCUCCCUACCAUGGAGGGACCCCCAGCCUUCAACCCGCCUGUGCCAUUUAAUGGGAGACUGCAAGGGGGGCUUACAGCCCGAAGAACCAUUAUUGUCAAGGGCUACGUACCCGCCACAGCCAAGAGCUUUGUCAUCAACUUCAAGGUGGGGUCCUCAGGGGACCUGGCUCUGCACAUUAACCCCCGGCUGAAUGAGGGCAGCGUGGUUCGGAACAGUUUUCUGAAUGGCUCGUGGGGAGCUGAGGAAAGGAAUGUCUCCUACAACCCGUUUGGUCCUGGACAGUUCUUUGAUCUGUCCAUUCGCUGUGGCAUGGAUCGCUUCAAGGUGUACGCCAACGGCCAGCACCUCUUCGACUUCUCCCAUCGCCUUUCGGCCUUCCAGAGGGUGGACAUGGUGGAGAUCCAGGGUGAUGUCACCUUGUCCUAUGUCCAGAUCUGAUCUAUAUCUGGGGCCAUAACCCCUGGGAACACAGAGGAAGAUCCUGUAGGACUCCUUUCUAAGCCCCUAAUAAAAUGUCUGAGGGUGUUUUGUGAGUGUA